AUGUAUAUCCGCCCUGUUCCCCAGGUUGACUUCCCCGGAUUUUAGAGAUUGCCAAGACACACCCGGUCAGCUAUAUAAUGCCGAUCUCAUUCUGUAGACUGGAAUACAAGGGUCUGAUGAAUCUUAGGUAGUAAUAUAUCAUCUGUUUUCCUAAUCAGUUGACGAAAAACAUUAUAGUAGCAAUAUCUAGCAAGAACUUGAUUCGAUCCAUAUAUAUUAAUUUGAUAGUGUUAGUACAUUCGAGGAACGUGAUGAUGUGUUACGGAUCCUGUUCCUGCCAAUUUCUCCUACAUGUAUAAGUUCUCAAUCUCUCUUCCUGUAGAAGUAAAUCUCGUAGCCAGCCUAAGAAACAGUCACUCACAAUUAUCUUCCAUGAUGAAAACUUUUACUUUUACUUCUCUUCUAGGACUCUGGUUCCUUACAUGCCAAGUCUCAGGUCAUUGUAAGUAUUCACAUACUUUAUAUAAUGAGGAGAAGCUAACAUGUGCCAUGUAGACAUCUUCCAAUCCUUCACCUACAAAAACAUCCAAUAUCCUCCCUAUGGCUACAUCCGUAUGAACAAUAACUACAAUAGUCCCGUCAUAGACCUCGCUAGCAAUGAUCUCCGAUGCAAUUCCGGUGGUGAAACAAGCAAUGGAACCCAAACUAUAACCUUAAAGGCUGGUGAUUCCUUCUCGUUUACGGCCGAUGUACCGGUUUAUCAUCAGGGACCUUUGUCUAUGUAAGUCUUGCCCUGCUCUUACAGGUAUUUCCAAUUGUGCGUCGAGCUGACGAAAAACUCUCACUAUAGGUAUAUGGCCAAAGCACCAACGACUGCAGCAGCCUUCGAUGGAUCCGGACAGGUCUGGUUCAAGAUUUUGGAUAUCGGUCCUACAUUCACAAAUCAAGUUGCGACAUGGAAUCUCUACCGUGAGUUCUCGGUCUCUCUCUGUAGGUUAUGAAAGAAAAUAAAAAUUAAAGCCUAAUUUGUGUAGAAACAUAUACCUAUACUAUUCCACCUAAUCUACCUAACGGUGAUUAUCUUCUUCGUAUUCAACAACUUGGUAUUCAUAAUCCAUAGUAAGUUGUGAAUUUUCUCAUUUGUUUUUAGAUAAUGUUGAGGAAGGUUUAGUCUAAUGUUUGGAUUUAGUCCGGGGGGUAUUCCUCAGUUUUAUAUAGAAUGUGCACAAGUCACCGUUACGAAUGGGGGUUCGGGGACUCCGGGUCCUUUGGUCUCUAUUCCGGGGUACGUACUCUAUUCUCUAUACACUCCCUUCAGUUUUCCCCGGCACUCGACCUUCUCUUACCCUUCCCUUCCCAUUCCACCUUCCUCCCAUUCCCCUCCCCAUUGUCCAAUCCCCCUCUCCAUACAUCCCACCACCCAAACAUCCCAUCAACUAACCCAACCACCCCCUCUAGAGCAUUCUCCGACACCGACCCCGGCUACACCGCAAACAUCUACUCCAACUUCUACAACUACACCGUUCCGGGUCCCGCCGUCUGGGCUUCCCAAGGAGGUUCUUCCGUCUACAGUGGUAUUUCCAGUGGAAACAAUGCGGCGACGACAUUGGCUACUAUGCCUGCUGCUACGGGUGUUGUUACUACUACUGCCCCUGCGAGUGCGACCGCGACGCACACUACUUUGACUACUGCUACUGUCGCGACUUCGACGAAGACGGGUGCGAGUACGAGUGCAGCAGCAACGCCAACGGGGGCUGUGGUGCAGAAGUAUGGACAGGUAUGUUUGUUUCUUUCUUUUUUCCCCCUUCCUUUUUUGUUCCUCCCUUCUUCCUCUUUCUUCGCAAGAAAGGAAGAGAAGACAAACCCCAUCAAAACCAAACAUUUCCAGCCUGUACAUCCAAAUCUCGAAUCUCAGAUCUCAUAACCACACAAAGACAAUUAAUUAAUUAAUUAAUCAAUCAAUAACUAACUCCUCAUCUUAAUACUAUAGUGCGGAGGUCAAGGAUGGACUGGUGCAACGGUUUGUGCGGCGGGGAGUACCUGUACGGCUAGUAAUACUUAUUAUAGUCAGUGUUUGUGAGUUUGGAUGGAGGGGGUGAAUGGAGGGUG